GACCCGGAUUUGCGCAAUGAAGGGAACGAGGCAGAGCUGCUGCGUAAGGCGAAUGCCGCAGUGAAUGUGUUCCGAAAUGCCUCACAGGACGUGCUGUGCAUGAAAGUACCGGAGACCAUGAUGGAAACCAUCGUGUGGGAUUACCAAUAG